AUGAGACUCGUUCGCGAAACGCAGUGCGAGGUGGAGGUGGUCAAGCCUGUCCUGGACGAGUUGGAGGUGCUGCGUUUGUGCCGCAGCUUCGGCGUGAUGUCGUCUGUGAACCCCAAAGACUUCGAAUUUGGCGUGCUCCAGGCCGGAGAAUUCGACGAGGAUGUCAUCCCUUUCCUCCGCAAUGGUCUGUUCGGUGAAGCAAAUAAUAGUAAAGUGAAGUUCAAGGCCGUCUUCGGCAAGCAAAAUGAGGUUGCAUCCGCUCUGGUCGCUAUGGGCGCGUGCUCGGCUGAGACGGCUGCAUCGCUAAAGAAGCCCUCGGAAGGGGUCUACUGCGCCAAGAUUCAAGCUGUCGAAGAAGACGUCGCUGGACUCGUCGUCUUCUCGUGGAUCCAAGACGAACUAUUUGAACCGAAAGCACUCCGCGACACUCCUGCGUUUGUGCUGCGAUUGAAGACUGCCAUGACCGAGUACGAGAAGCAGCAGGACGAGAAGCUGUCCAUGUACUCGGUCUCGUUCCAUGUCGAGAAGCAAAAUGACAAGAAGGACGCAACCGAGUGCAAGCAAGUGAGCUCUGUCGAUUUGGGGGAACUUCUGGAAGGGUCUUCGGACGCGUGCAUGCUGAAAGGGAGCUAUCCAGCCAUUGCAAUGACAAAAACAAUGGAGUCGACAGUCCGGAGCGACCCAUUCCGACGAACAUUUCCAGCGAAGGCACAGGUGUCUUUCGCAGCUUGGUUGAAGGCCGAGUCGCAGCACUACCGCAUCGAUUUGAGUGGAACUAUUGGGCGAUUCAGCGAAAGCUCAAGCUUUGCAGAGAUACCAAACUUUUCUUGA